AUGCCGAUGCAUCUCGAAGGCAGCUGCCAAUGCGGCGGAGUCGAGUUCUCUCUCGACUCAAGCACACCGGUUCCUUACCAGCUAUGUGCAUGCAGUAUCUGCCGCAAGGUAGGAGGCUACAACGGCAGCGUCAAUCUGGGGGGCAUAGCAGACAGCCUCAAAAUCAAGAAAGGGAAGAAUGUGAUCAAGAAAUAUUCAGCCAUUAUGAAUCGUGGCACUGCCGAUGAGAAGGUCAGUUCGAGUGAGCGGAAUUUCUGCUCGAAUUGCGGCACAAUGCUCUGGCUGUGGGAUCGUCACUGGCCCGAGCUGAUCCAUCCCUUCGCCUCGGCAAUCGAUUCGGAUUUGCCGAUUCCUGAUGAGAUGGUUUGUAUCAUGGAGGGAUCGAAGCCUUCCUGGGUGCGAUGGCCCGAGGGGGAAAAGCAGGUGUACAAGGAGUACCCAACAGAUAGUUUGGAGGAAUGGCACAAGAAACACAAAGUCUUCAUGGACUAG